AUUAAAAAUUGGAAGUACUUGAAGCAUUUGAGCCAUUGUAAGAAGAUCCUGCAGUCGAUUGUCAGCCAACUGAUUGACAGUAACUAUUUCCUGAGCAAAACGGUGCUGCCAUCUGCAAAAAAUCACCACGAACUCUGAUACCAAUUUGAUGGUUUGAUUCUCUCUUUUAUCAUCCAUAAAUCCACGUGAAGUUUAAGAUUCUCCGAGUUGGGUACAUCGUUACUUUUAGGAUCCCUCAUUUUGGCGCACAACUAGUACAGGUCGACCAAGAUGCCAUCAGACGCGAAAAAGAAGCAGCAAGCCAAGAAGAAGGAGGCAGCUAAAGCUAGACAAACUGGUAAAAAACCAGCGUCAACUAAUCCUACUAAGGAGGAUGGAAAGGAGCAGAUUAAUGCAUCAGCAAAUGAAGAGAACGGAACUAAUGGAGUACUGAGCGCCGAAGAGGCGUUAUGCUUAAAAUUAGAAUCAGAUGCACGUCUGAAUGCUGAAGCUCGAGCCUGUACUGGAAGUUUAGCGUCGCAUCCACGAAGUCGUGAUAUAAAAAUAUCUAAUUUUUCAAUAACAUUUCACGGAUGCGAGCUUCUGCAAGAUACAAAUCUCGAGUUGAACUGCGGAAGGCGAUACGGUUUGUUGGGCCAAAAUGGAUCCGGAAAGUCGACACUGCUCUCAGUGAUCGGUAAUCGUGAAGUGCCGAUUCCUGAGUCGAUCGACAUAUUUCAUUUGUCCCGUGAAAUGCCGGCGAGUAGCAAAACAGCUCUGCAGUGCGUGAUGGAAGUAGACGAGGAGCGAGUGCGCUUAGAGAAAUUAGCUGAAGAACUGGUCGACUGUCCAGAAGAUGACGCCCAGGAGCAGCUGAUGGACGUUUAUGAGCGUCUUGAUGACAUGUCUGCAGACACUGCUGAAGCGCGAGCUGCUCAUCUGCUCCACGGUCUUGGUUUCACCACCAAAAUGCAGAACACUGCCACCAGAGACUUUUCUGGAGGUUGGCGUAUGCGAAUCGCACUAGCUCGUGCUCUCUAUGUAAAGCCGCAUCUUCUGCUGCUCGAUGAACCGACCAAUCACUUGGAUUUGGACGCCUGUGUAUGGCUCGAAGAGGAAUUGAAGACUUACAAACGUAUUCUUGUUAUAAUAUCACACUCUCAAGAUUUUCUUAAUGGUGUUUGUACGAAUAUUAUUCAUCUGAAUAAGAAACUUCUCAAAUACUACACCGGUAAUUAUGAAGCAUUUAUUAAAACCCGGGCUGAAUUGUUGGAGAACCAAUCUAAGCAAUAUCAGUGGGAGCAAGACCAAAUAGCUCACAUGAAGAAUUAUAUCGCGCGUUUUGGUCACGGAUCCGCUAAGCUUGCUCGUCAAGCUCAAUCUAAAGAAAAAACUUUGGCUAAGAUGGUCGCUCAAGGUCUCACUGAAAAAGUUAGCACUGAUAAAGUAUUGAACUUUUAUUUCCCAUCUUGCGGUGGUAUACCACCGCCUGUUAUCAUGGUACAGAAUGUCAGUUUCCGGUACAAUGAUGACUCACCGUGGAUUUAUAAAAACUUGGAAUUUGGUAUUGAUCUUGAUACCAGGCUGGCACUUGUUGGUCCUAAUGGUGCUGGUAAGAGUACAUUACUCAAACUACUUUAUGGAGAUCUGGUACCAACCACUGGAAUGAUUAGAAAAAAUAGCCAUUUACGUAUCGCUAGAUACCAUCAGCAUUUGCAUGAAUUAUUAGAUUUAGACAUGUCACCGCUGGAUUAUAUGCUUAAAUCAUUUCCAGAAGUUAAAGAACGUGAAGAAAUGCGUAAAAUAAUUGGUCGUUAUGGUUUGACUGGUCGCCAACAGGUAUGUCCAAUUAGACAAUUGUCCGAUGGUCAGCGUUGUCGUGUAGUAUUUGCUUGGUUAGCAUGGCAAGUACCGCAUUUAUUAUUGCUCGACGAACCUACCAAUCACUUGGACAUGGAAACAAUUGAUGCGCUCGCAGAAGCCAUCAGUGAUUUCGACGGUGGAAUGGUUUUAGUUUCUCACGACUUCAGACUCAUUAAUCAAGUCGCCGAAGAAAUUUGGGUGUGUGAAAAUGGAGCAGUGACUAAAUGGCAAGGUGGAAUUUUGCAUUACAAGGAGCAUCUUAAGAAUAAAGUACUGAAGGAUAAUCAAACGCGAGCUAAAGAAUUAUUGAAUCGUGGAAAAUAAUAAAAAAUACUGUUUAUAAAUUCAAGAUAAAAUAAUUUUGAUCUGAUUCUCCGCUCUGUUAAAAUUCGAUUUAAUUAUUCUAUUCCAUCGUGUUAUCAUUCAGAUAUUAAUAACAAUUACUUAUAAUAAUAAAUAUUAUUGUACUUUACUACACACUUUCGGUAUAGAGAGUAAAAUAAUAUUAAAAACGACAAUUUAAGUAUUAAAUCUCGUCAUUGUCAUCGUAUACGCUACUAUGUAGUGUGAAUAAUCGUGUCAAUUGACUUAGAUAAUUUAUUUAAACGAUAAAUUCAAUCAAUUAAAACCACCCAACAUAUUUGUUAAUUAAAUUAUUAAUAAAUAAAAAUAAAUUAGCUCAAUAAAAUUAAAUUAAUGCUUGUCACGGGAAACAAAAUAAAAAAAAAUCAAGUUAUUGCAAUUUGAGCGAUAACAAAUUAAUAUUUAAUGAUUUUAAAUUUUUAAUUGAUGUAAAUUAAAAUAAAAUAACGCUGGAGGGAUU